AUGACUCGGGCUAAUUCAGUCAUCCCGCCACUACCAACCGCGAAACCUAAGAAUUCUGGCCCCUUAUCACCCACGGUAGCCUCUUCGCCAAAUCGCGUCCGAGGCUUCCUCGGGCUGCCAGGCGAACUGCGCAAUCGUAUCUAUGACUUCUAUUUCGAAGAAGACUUCCGCGUUGAGAUUGUAGCUAAAGACACUAAAUUUACCACAAAAGUGGCUAGGACGAUGAAGCUUUGUCCUGGAGUUGCUAACAGGGAUACCAUCUGCAAGCAUCAAGUCAAGCUCUCAUGCAAGGAGGGCAAUCCGGCCACGCUCCGUAUGCCAAGGAAGCUUGGUUGCUACAGGCGUGUCGAAGGCGUCCGAACGAUUUGGGCUAACUCACUGUGCGCUCUGAUUCUCGUCAACAAGCAAGUCUUCAACGAAGCCAUCCCGUUUCUCUAUCAGAACACCACGUUUGUAUACGAUGCUCCGCAGCGGAUCCGAAGCUUCCUCAAAGUCGUCCCGGUAGUCAAUCUCUCAGCUAUCACAAAACUCUACCUGCACUAUACGACCUAUGGUGGUCCAAGUUACAUGCAGCAUCUAGUUUGGCAAGGGAAACAUCUGGCAAGCUGGGCGUCUGCAUGCAAAGCUAUCUCAAAGACGCUUUCCGGCCUGGAAGAGCUACAAAUCUGGCUUCGAGUCAACGAUACCCCACUUUACUUCGAUCUUCGCCAACGAUGGGUUCAGCCGUUGCUCCAAUUUCGCCGUCUCACCUGCCCACGUAAUGUCAUAGUCCAAAAGCCUCAUCGUUCCAGUUUAGACCAACCGAGACGUUCCGUUCCACGGCUGAAGGUUGUCCAUAUUCAUUUCACGACCCACUGGUCUAGCCACACCGUCUUCCCCGGAAAUUCUAGACUUGCGGAUGCCAGCAUGGACCUGCAUGAUCUUUUCGCCGAAGGCAUUAGCCGAGCGAUCUUGGGGUCGAAUGAGGAAGAGGCUAUGACUGAUUUCAGGGAAGCUUGGGAGGGGAAGCAUGCGGCGUGGCAGCAUCAUCUGAACUACUCAAAUACUGGAUGGUGA